AUGGAUCCCAACCCUGAAAAUUUCCCGAUUCUCUCCUAUGUCAUAUCCCAAAUCAAUUCUAACCUUCCUCUGUUCGAAACUAAACCUGCUACUAAUUCCGACUCGCUCAAGAUCGACGUCGAGCAGCCCCCUCUACCGUCUGAUGACUCAAGCUCGUACCAUAUGGACGGUGUGUUGAUAGACCGGAUGCCCUAUCUGAAACACCCAAAGGUCCUCGCCUCUAUGACCCUAGCCGUUUCCAACGUUGCUGAGGCCCGAACCGUCCUCCAGACCCUCGGAGACCGUCCCCAUCACGAGGACGUCGAUACCUGCCGAGCCAAGAUCGCCGACAUUGAUGCUAGGUUGUCGAAGCAGCUCGAAGAGAUUGUCUUGGCACCUCGUCCCGAAGGUGUCGAUCGGUUACAAUGGCGGGCUCAGCAGGCGGAGAAGGAGAAGAAAUUUCGAGAGGCGGCGGAGAAGGAGAAGCACAUUUGCAAGGCUGUGGUGCAAUUGGACGAAAUGCACGAAGCCUACGAGAAACUUUUGAGGGACGCCGAGGAAAGGUUGGUGAAAAUUUAUGAUUCCGCCGCAACGAUAGACGGGCAGCUGGACGACUCUAUACCGCCGGCCAGAGAAGAAGUCUGUGAGGAAGUUGUUGGGAUCUUGCAACAGGCGCCUGGGAAGGGGUUGCAGAGGGUGGAGCUUCCCGAGCGCCAACUGAGGUUUCUUCCUGAGGCAUUCGGGAAGCUUCGUGGCUUAGUUGUGCUCAAUCUCUCAACUAAUCAGCUCGAGGUUAUUCCUGAUUCUAUAGCUGGGUUAGAAAAUCUGGUGGAGCUUAAUCUUUCUUCCAACCUUCUGGAGUCCCUGCCAGACUCCAUUGGUUUGCUACUUAACUUGAAGGUCCUAGAUGCAUCAGGAAACAAGCUCGAGUCCUUACCUGAUAGCAUUUGCCAUUGCAGAUCAUUGGUAGAACUUGAUGCAAGCUUCAACAAUCUAACAUAUUUGCCAACAAACAUUGGGCAUGAGUUACUGAAUCUAAGGAGGCUCUUGGUCCACCUCAAUAAGAUCCGUUCCCUUCCAACUUCCAUUUGUGAGAUGAGGUCUUUGAGUUAUUUGGAUGUCCACUUCAAUGAGCUCAGUGGUCUGCCACAUUCAAUUGGGAAGUUGACAAAUCUCGAAAUCCUGAAUUUAAGCAGAAACUUUAGUGACUUGACAGAGCUUCCUGACACAAUUGGUGAUCUGACAAAUCUCAAGGAAUUUGACAUUAGCAACAACCAGAUCCAUGCCCUCCCAGAUACAUUUGGUCGGCUGGAGAAGCUAACCAAGCUGAACUUGGACCAAAACCCACUUGUCAUUCCUCCGAUGGAGGUUGUGUCUGGAGGGGUUGAAGCUGUCAAGGAAUUCAUGGCAAAGAGGUGGCUUGACAUCCUCCUGGAGGAAGAACAGAAGAGUAUGUUAGAACAAAAUAAUGAAGAAUCUCAGACUAAAUGGCUGAAGCGUAGCACCUCAUGGUUGAAUAAUUUGGUUUCAGUUGUUUCGGAGAGUGUCACGGGAUAUUUGGGAGAGGGAGAAAGAGACCCAUAUCUGGAACAGCAAUUGUGA